UCCAGCUUUGCAAAUUUAUAGUCAAUGAUAACUUUGUUGGUUUUAUAUAUUCCAAGUGAUUGGUUGGAAAGCAUUUGCAAUACAUUGUUUCCUUCCUAGUAAUGUUGAUGUUGAGGAUUUUUUGUAGAUAUACAUAUCUUUGAUCAUGUUUUAUAUACUAGUUUAUAGAUUUUAAUGUGGUUUAAGUUAUAUAAUACUACUAUUGACAAUUCAUUUGCCUCCCUCUUAGAAUGGGAAACGGAAAAGAAGACCCAACUUUUUUGCGGCCAUCUAGCUCAAAUCCCCCACCUGCGGACAUACCAUCAACUUCUCCAAACAUCUCAAAUUACAUGCACGGUUAUUAUGGACCAAUGCCUGCUUGGUCACCGGGUUUUUUAGCAUAUCCUAGUGCCAACCAAUAUCCAAUGCACCUACAGAAUGGUAAUUACCCCUUUGAACAUGGCAUGGAAGGCCCGGUAUCUCUUAUUAGUACAGGCUCCAUUACUAGCAAAUUCCAAGGUACCGAGGAUAAUAGAACCGAUGGUGGGGAAACCCAAUCGCCAUGUACAUCCUCUAGAGUUGAUGAAUGUUUAGUAGAUGGACCACACGCACAAGAUAACAGACCCGAUGGUGGGGAAACUGAAACCCCCAUAUCCAGUGCCGAAGAAUCUGAGAAGGUGCAAAUGGAUGGUGAUGAUGUGCCAAAGUCCAAGAUGGAGUUUAAUUCCUUAGAAGAUUUAAUGAGUUACUAUAAGGAAUAUGGGAAGAAAUGCGGGUUUGGGGUGAUGACAAAAAGAAGUGAGAGGGGAGAGGAUGGGACUGUUAGAUAUGUUACGCUUGCCUGUGCCCGUGGUGGGAAGGCCCGGAAUAGAAUUUUGAAUGUCUCCAACCCUCGUCCGACAGGAAAGACUGAAUGUAAGGCAAAGAUUAAUGCCUCAAAAACUCCUGAUGGAAAGUUUCGGCUGAAUUCAGUUCACAAUAUCCAUAACCACAACCUUAGCCCAAAGAAAUCACGCUUCUUUCGAUGUAAUAGAGAAGUAAGUGAAUCCGUAAAAAGGGUCCUUGAUACAAAUGAUAUGGCUGGCAUCCGAAUGAAUAAGAGUUUCGGAUCUCUUGUUGUUGGCGCGGGUGGAUUUGAGAACCUCCCGUUUCUGGAAAAGGAUUGUCGUAACUACAUCGACAAGGCACGACAUCUACGACUGGGCGCAGGUGGUGCUGGGGCGCUUCGAGACUACUUUUUACGAAUGCAGUACAAAAAUCCGGGGUUCUUUGCAUUAAUGGACCUAGAUGAUGACGGGAGGUUAAAGAAUGUAUUCUGGGCGGACCCCCGUAGUAGAGCAGCGUACCAAUAUUUCAGUGAUGUGGUCACAUUCGACACCACAUACCUGACGAACCGAUAUGGGAUGCCCUUUGCACCAUUUGUUGGUGUAAACCACCAUGGGCAAUCAAUUUUGUUGGGAGCUGGCUUGAUUUCCUCAGAGGAUACGGAGACAUUCGUGUGGUUAUUUCAGACUUGGUUGCAGUGUAUGGAUGGUAUAGCCCCUAAGGCUAUUAUCACUGAUCAAGACAGAGCGAUGAAAAAUGCUAUUUCAAUUGUUUUCCCCGAGAGCCGGCAUCGAUUCUGCCUUUGGCAUAUACUUAAGAAAGUACCCGAAAAGCUCGGGAGCUAUGCUUCCUACAAGACUGGAAUGAAAACUGCACUAAUGAGAUGUGUGUAUGACAGCCAAAGUCGGGAAGAUUUUGACAAAUGUUGGGAUCAGUUCAUCACCAUGUACAACUUGCAUGAGAAUGCAUGGCUGCAGAGUUUAUACACUGAGCGUGAGUAUUGGGUACCGGCCUUCUUGAGAGAGGUUUUUUGGGCUGGAAUGAGUACAACUCAGCGGAGCGAGAGCAUGAAUGCAUUUUUUGACGGCUAUGUUCAUGCGAAGACAAACUUGAAAGAGUUUGUCGAUCAAUAUGAUAAUGCCUUGAAAAAGAAAAUUGAGAACGAAAAUGUAGCGGAUUUCCACUCAUUUAAUGUCACUAUUCCCUGCAUCUCAAGAUCUCCCAUUGAAAAGAGAUAUCAAGAUACGUACACGAAUGGAAAGUUUAGGGAAGUUCAGCAACAACUUGCCCGCAUUAUCGACUUGGACUUAGUUUUACUGAAGGUGGAUGGUACUAUAAAGACCUAUGGUGUGGAGGAUGAAGUUUGUCUCGAAGAGUUCACUAAAUUGGUUACACAUUCAGUGGUCUUUAGUCAAGAAGAUACAGCUGCCAAGUGUUCUUGUGGGUUGUUUGAAAUGAGGGGGAUAGUGUGCAGGCACAUCUUCACUAUGUUCAAAUGUAACGGGAUUAAAUCAUUGCCUGAUAGGUACAUCUUGGAUCGGUGGAGGAAGGACAUCAAAAGAAGAUACAUGUUAAUCCACAGCAGCUACGACACAGUACAACAACGGGAGGAUUCUAUAGCUUAUUCAAGCCUUUUGAACAUAUGUUAUAAGAUGAUUACUCAUGCUGCGGGUUCGAGAGAACAUGCUUUGGAUGCAACUAAUAAGUUGCAUGCAAUGAUUGAGCUGUAUUCUGGCAAUCAAGAUCCCCCAUGUUGUCCCAAUGUUGAAGGUAUGACAAAUGUUUCGGCUACUGUUGGUUCUUCAAAACAAGUACUCAGUCCACAUGUUGUGAGAGGGAAAAGGAGACCUCCAUCUCUGAGGAGAGCAUCCAGGAUGGAGAGAGACCUACGAAAAGUAAAGGAGAAGACGAAGCGAGCUCAGGGAAAGGGAAAACGCAAACAGCGAGAUGGAGAAGAUACACCAGUCAUAGACGUGCGCAAGAAUUUAUUUGGCGUUGAGCAAGCUGUUCGAGAAUCUAUACAAGCUCCCGACAUAACUGAAGCCCAGCCCCAAGAAACAUUUGGGCAAAGUCAAGAAAGUAUGCUUGUUGGGUUGGAUGGAUCAUAACCGCUUCCGGCUGUAUUGGAUGGUUCACAACCAGCCAAAAUGCAAUGAGAUUUGAGGAAAGGGUACACAAAGUGCAUGCAGGGCACGAGAU